AAGCCGAAGAAGCCGUCAUGGCUUCACCUCGCACCGACCUGGAAGAAAACCUGAAAUGCUCUAUUUGUUUUGGCAUCUUUAAGGAUCCAGUGGUUCUGCACUGUAGUCACAGUUUCUGUAAGCAUUGUGUUGAGCUACACUGGCGUGUGAAGGUGGUGAAAGAAUGUCCGAUCUGCAGAUCUGUUUCAAAUCGGUCUCCACUGAAGAAUCUGUCUCUUAAGAGUGUGUGUGAGUCUUUUGUGGAGGAGAAGAGACGCAGGAUUUCAACCAAAUAUGAAGGUUUGCUCUGUGUGGUCCAUGGUUUGAAGCAUGAGCUCUUCUGCACAGAUGACCAGAAGCUGGUGUGUAUGAAAUGUGUGUCUCGGGAACAUCAAGACCACAACUUUUGUGCCAUCAAAAAAGCAGCUGAGGACCACAAGAAUAAACUUCAGAAUCCUUUAAAGGAGCUUGAGAACAAGCUGAAAACUCUAGAUUCCAAAAACUUCACCUUUUCCAUAACAGCCAACAAACUCCAGUCUCAGGGCCAGCAGACUGAGACGCAGAUAACGAAGGAGUUUAAAAUGCUUAAUCAGUUCCUCAUAAAUGAAGAAGAGGCUCGAAUAUCUGCACUGAGAGACGAACAGAAGAGGAAGAAAAAGAUGAUUAUGGAGAAGAUUGCAGAAGUCGACAGACAGAAAACUGUUUUAUCUCAACUAAUCCAAAAUACUAAUGACGACCUAAAUCGGGACGAGAGUCUUUUCUUACACAACUUUAGAGAAACAGAGGAGAGACUUAAGCACACACUACCAGAACCAAAGCUUGACUCAUGUGUUACGAUCGACGAGGCUAAACACAUCGGGAAUCUGCGAUUUGAAGUGUGUGAGAAGAUGAAGCACAUCGGUCCUUUCAUUAAAGAUCCAGUAAUUCAGGACCCAAACACUAAAACACCUGUCCUUACUGUAUCUUCAUAUUUGACGAGCAUUACAACUUCAGUACCAGCUUCUGAACUCUCCGGAAAUAUGCUUCUGCAGAAUUCUGGGCUCAAGAGGAUCUACAGGUUUGGAAAUCAAGGAAGCCUGUGAUCAUUGGGCUCUGGGAGUUGUUACUGAAGCUGAAAAACAUAUUAACCGUACAUGUUCUUAGACCUUAACAGCACCCAAGCUUAAAAAAGUGUGUGUUUUACUGGACAUGGACAAACAACAGGUGGUUUUCAGUGAUCUUGUCACAAUGAAAUCAUACACAUAUAUAUUGGGAUCUAUUGAGAAAAUGUACCCUUGCUUUUUGCCACUGAGCAAAAACCCAAUGAAAAUGUUACCGUCAUAAAGGUUGGUGUAAUCAAUUCAAUUCAAGUUUAUUUGUAUAGCGCUUUUUACAAUCUGUAAUCAGUCAAGCUAUGACUUCCACAGUCAGUCCUAAUACUCUAAUACACACAUAACCAAUUCUAGAUAUUUCUUCAUAUCAUAAUUAGCCUUUGGUUUGUUAUAAAAACAGAACAUUAUUAGUUGUUGGUGCAUCCUAUCAGUUUAUCAUUAGAGAAUUGUUUUAGUACACAAUAGAUUGGUGGCAGCCUUAUAAUUUAUUAUUUAUUAGCCUUUAUUUACUUCUUAGGCAUUACAUAUUAAUAUUUAUAAUUAACGUGAUUUAAUCCUAGCUUUAUCUUCCUAAAGAGAGCGAUGCCAUGGCACUUUAAUUCUUUAGUCUGUUUAGGUUUCUUCCCUAAUCAUCCGCUCAAAUGCUUCAGCUUCCAAAGCAUCAAUCCUUCAUGUUAACUCCACUGCAAUG